UAUAUUUACUCGCUUCCCUCUUCCUCACUUAUACUUCCGAAUCAUUUGUACAAAGUUAAGAGACAAGAACGGUGAGUUUUGGCCGUCAACAUGUCGAGAAUUUCGCAAGAAAAAUCCAAGUUUGCUCAGACUUGUAAUCUUCUGAGCCAUUAUGUUAAGGAGAAGGGUAGGUUUUUAGAUCUUAAUAUAGGGAUCCAUGGAGAAGUAUCGCCCCAAAAUGAUGUCAAGCCCAUGAAUCUUUUUCCACAAUAUGCUAGUCUGCAAGAUGCUGUGAGAGUCACCAGCUCCAGGGUUAAAACUGAGACCGGGCAAAAAAGUGGCCAAAUGACUAUAAUCUACGCGGGACAAGUUCUGGUGUUUGAUGAUUUUUCUGCGGUAAAAGCCAACGAAGUGAUGCAACUAGCAAGCAAGUCUGCCGCACCAUCUGAUACCAACACUGGAUCUGUUAUAGCCUCUGGCGCAAGCAAACUCGUCGAAAAUCACAGCAACUCGAUGCCCUUUAUCUCCAGCAUUGGUUCGGUUUCAGGUUCUGUUGAAGCACAGAGCGAAAUGAAGCAGCAAUUGCAACCAAUUGGGUUGGAUCUGCCGAUUGCAAGAAGAGCUUCACUCCAUAGGUUCUUAUCAAAAAGGAAAGACAGGGCUAGUUCAAGAGGGCCAUAUCAAUUGCACAAGCCAUCUAAAGAAUCUUCAAAGGAACUGUUCGAUCUCAACUUGUAGUCGAUGCUAGAUUGAUAACAGGACUCGACUGUUAACAGUAAUUAGCUGUGCGUUUUGGCCAGAGAAAUUAAUGAUAUAUAUUCAAUGUAUUAAUGAUGUUACCUAUUUUUUAAGUUGAAUGCUUCUUUAACAAUACAAGUAGUUAUACAUGCUCAGAUCUGCUGGUGUAAUGUAUUUUAUGGGAAAUGUGAUUUAGUAUGAUUCAAUUA